AUGAAAAACCAUAGCCAAUUGGAUGAAAAUUUCAUUUGUUCAUUCAUCUUUGCAUUAAUUGAACAACAACCCGAUAUAAAAAUUGCAGCCCUACAAGCUAAAGUGCGGGAUAAAUUUGGGUACGAGUCGUCUUAUCAAAAAAUAUGGAAAGCAAAGCAGAAGGCAAUUGCAAGGCUUUAUGGGGGUUGGGAUGAAUCAUACAGUCGUUUGCAUAGAUUCAUGACUGCUCUUCAUCAUUUUAACCCAGAAACAAUAUACAUGAUUGGAGAUAAUCCACAUUGGAUAAAUGAGCAAUUAAAUCCGAUGUAUCGUGUAUUUAACCGUAUGUUUUGGGCUUUUAAACAAUCGAUUGAGGGAUUUAAACAUUGCCGACCUGUAAUCUCAAUCGAUGGGACAUUCCUAUAUGGAAAACACAUUGGGUGUAUACUGUGUGCAACCACACUCAAUGGAAAUAAUCAACUAUUUUCAUUAGCUUUUGCCAUUGUUGAUAAGGAGGAUGGUGAUAAUUGGUCGUGGUUUAUGGAUUGCUUAAGGAUUUUUGUGACCAAUCGAGAAGAUUUGUGUGUAAUUUCUUAUCGUCAUGCUAGAAUUCUAAAGGUGAUGCAGAAAGAUUGGUGGCAACCUCCAACUGGUCAUCAUACUGCAUCAGACAUGUUUUGA